AUUUGUAGGAAAAACAUGCCAUCUUUAGCUAGUUCUCAACAGCCCCGUUCUUUAAUUUCACAGACUGCUUUCGAUCAAGCCCUGAAGGAUGCUGGGAGCAAGCUUGUCGUAGUGGAUUUUACAGCCAUGUGGUGUGGACCAUGCCAGACGAUUGGACCGUUUUUUAAGGACCUCGCAAAAAAAUAUACAGAUGUUGUUUUCCUGAAAGUUGAUGUGGACGACGCACAAGAUGUUGCAUCGCACUGCGAGAUCAAAUGCAUGCCAACAUUCCAGUUCUACAAAAAUGGGAUCAAGGUCGAUGAGUUUGCAGGAGCCAAUAAAGAAAUGUUGGAACAGAAGGUGCAGGCCUUAAAAUAAAUACAAUUCCAAACAACAUUGAAGAAACCUUCAUAGUUUAUAAAUAUUUCAAAAUUCACUAUUAAAUUUCCAUGCUGUUUACAAUAAACAUUUUUGUUAAUUCA